AUGGGAAUCCAUGGCCUGGCCAAGCUUAUUGCCGACGUGGCUCCUGGCGCCAUCCGGGAGAAUGACAUCAAGUCUUACUUCGGCCGGAAGGUCGCUAUAGAUGCCUCCAUGAGCAUCUACCAGUUCCUGAUCGCUGUGCGGCAGGGAGCUGAAGUCCUUCAGAAUGAGGAGGGCGAGACCACGAGCCACCUGAUGGGCAUGUUCUACCGGACCAUCCGCAUGGUGGAGAACGGCAUCAAGCCGGUUUACGUCUUUGACGGCAAGCCCCCGCAGCUGAAAUCGGGGGAGCUGGCGAAGCGGACUGAGCGCCGGGCUGAGGCUGAGAAACACCUGCAGGAGGCUCAGGAGGCCGGAGAGGAAAACAACAUUGAGAAGUACAGCAAGAGGCUGGUCAAGGUGACACUCAAGAAGUUACUAACGCUGAUGGGUAUCCCCUACGUGGAGGCACCGGGAGAGGCCGAAGCCAGCUGCGCUAUCUUGGUGAAGGCUGGGAAGGUCUACGCAGCUGCCACGGAAGAUAUGGAUUGCCUGACCUUCGGGAGUCCCGUACUGAUGCGGCAUCUUACUGCCAGCGAGACGAAGAAGCUGCCCAUCCAGGAGUUUCACCUGAACCGUAUUCUGCAGGAUCUAGACCUGACCUGGGAGCAGUUUGUGGAUCUGUGUAUCCUCCUGGGCUGUGACUACUGCGAGAGCAUCCGUGGCAUUGGGCCCAAGCGUGCUGUCGAGCUCAUCAAGGAGCACAAAAGCAUUGAGAAGAUCAUUCAGCAGAUAGACACCAAGAAGUACCCUCUGCCUGAGAACUGGUUGCACAGAGAGGCCCAGAAGCUCUUUCUAGAGCCCGACGUGGUCAACCCCAACACCGUAGAGCUGAAGUGGACCGAGCCGAACGAAGAGGAGCUCGUCCAGUUCAUGUGUGGGGAGAAGCAGUUCAAUGAAGAGCGGAUCCGCAACGGAGUCAAGAGGCUGAGCAAAAGCCGGCAGGGCAGCACGCAGGGCCGGCUGGACGACUUCUUCAAGGUGACGGGCUCCAUCACGUCAGCCAAGCGCAAAGAGCCAGAGACCAAGGGGUCGGCAAAGAAGAAAGCCAAGACCAACAAUGCUGCAGCCGCAAAGACCAAAAAGGGAAAAUAGCCAGGCUGGCCGACUGCAAACCCCUGUGAUUGGUUUUUAUGCUCAACCAGGAAUUUUAGGCUAAU